AGAUUUGAGGUUGCAUACAGAGAUUACUUAAAUCUCCUCUGCCUCUUCCUCUCUUAUCUUGCUCCUUCAACAUUCCAUUUGGGUUUUCCUUAAUAUAUAUAUAAUGGCUCUUAGUUUUAUGAACCACAACCCUUGGAUUUUUGCGUUUGGUCUUCUAGGCAACAUUUUCUCGUUCAUCGUAUUUCUGGCCCCAGUGCCUACAUUUGUAAGGGUGUGUAGAAAGAAAUCAACGGAAGGAUUUCAAUCAAUUCCGUACGUGGUGGCGUUGUUCAGCGCUCUGCUAUUGAUAUACUAUUCUACGCUGAAUGCGGACGAGUUCUUUCUGAUGACCAUCAACUCCGUGGGCUGUUUCAUUGAGACCAUUUACAUCGCUUUAUACAUUACCUAUGCUCCCAAGAAGGCUCGGACAUUCACAGUCAGGUUUUUUCUGCUGUUGGACGUGGUUGGGUUUUGCUCGAUUCUCGCAGUCACCCAAUUCUUAGUGAAGCGGCCCUACCGAGCCCGAGUGAUUGGCUUCAUUUGUGGCGGUCUGUCCGUCAGCGUUUUUGCAGCUCCUCUCAGCAUCAUGAGGAGGGUUAUCCGCACAAAGAGCGUGGAGUUCAUGCCAUUUAACCUCUCCUUUUUCCUCACACUCAGCGCCGUUAUGUGGCUCUGCUAUGGCCUGCUCCUCAAGGAUUUCUACGUUGCGCUUCCAAACACAUUGGGAUUCACAUUCGGGAUGGCUCAGAUGAUUCUGUACGCCAUUUACAGGAAACCCAGGGGGGGUUCUGAGGUAAAGCUCCCGCAGCACAAGGCGGAUAUUGAAACUGUAACCAAGACUACUACUAGUUUAGAGAGUCCCGAGGAGCAUGAGAAGGAGGGUGAGGGUGAAGAGGCUGCUCCUGCAUCCAACGGUGAGCAUGCACCGCCAGCACUAGCAUGUUCCAAUGACAAAUAUUGCAUGGACAACAUACAAGCCCCACCCAUGAUCAGAUGCGAGGCUUGAUUCGAUGCAUCAUUGGCUGCGCGUCUUCCCGAAUCUCUCCCUCCCCACCGCGCUGUGUACUCUAUUAUAAUGUCUUGUCCUGUGUCGUUAUAAUUAAUUAGUAGUAGCUUUAAUUUACGUAUUUGUAAAGCUUGGGAGAGCUUCCAUAUCCAUGUAAAAUUUAUGUACCUAACUCUGUUUCUAUGCUUAAUUAUUAUUCUCUUUUAUA